AUGGCGGUGGUCUUCUUCAAGGACUACUUCGGCUUCACCCAGAGUGACAUGUCGGAUCUUUUGCUCGUCACCAGCAUCUCAGCGCUGGUCCUGACGCCCCUGCUGCCCGUGCUUCUGCAGUACCUGGGUGAGACACGAGGAUGCAUGGUAGGCACAGCGGGCGUGGGAUUUACCACCCUCUUCCUGAUCCUGGGAGUGGGUAUUCACUGGGUACCCACGGCUGCUGCAGGCCUGUCUGUGGGGUUCUUCGGAUCCAUCUCUGGCCUGGGCUACAUGGCGCUGGUCCACCAUCACGUACCUCCGGAUCGGCUGGGGAUGUUCCUGGGCAUCAAGUCCUUCGUGGAUGGCGCUGCGGGCGCAGUGUCGCCCGCAGCCGGUGGCUUCAUCUACACCAAGGGCCACUUCCUGCCCUACGGAAUCACGUGUGGGCUCUGCACGCUGACGGCAGCGAUCUUCGCGGCCCUCACCCCCUACAAGCGGGUGAGAGAAAAGUCGCUGAGCCUCGACGAGGAGGAGCCCAUGCUUUCCAAGGACAUUGAGUCCGACGAUGAGGGCGAUGGCCUCCCCGUGACCACCUUCAUGUCAGAGAACCUGCAGUUCAGCCGGCAGAGUCUGUUGAAGUUGAUGACCAACGAGAUCGGCAUCCUUAUGCACGAUGACCAGCUCAAGAGUUUGUUCUACGACCAGAACAAGUUCCAGGAUAAGAAGGGCCUCCGGCGAGGUGCCACCAUCGGCGUUGAGAAUUUUGCGAAGGCAGCUGAAGGCCAAGCAAGUGUCCGCCGGCUCCGGCAACUGCGUGGAAGCACCACAAAGCCAGAGCUCCCGCCGGUGGAUCCCACACCCCCGCUGCGAGCACAGCUUUGCCCAGUGCUUGCUGUGGUUGUCUUGCGUAAGACCAUUUCUGGGUGCCACGGCUUCCGCACCGGCGCUGCUUCCACCAUGACGGGGGCACUGACGUUGUCAGAGGACUGGGACACGCACCUAGCCAUGUCUCGCUGGAUGGAAGCGAGCACAAUUGUGUACUUGGAAAACGCGUUCGAGCAGAUGAUCAUUUCGACAGUGUAA